GAGACAGAGGGAGGGAGAGAGGGAGGGAGAGAGAGGGGGAGAGAGAGCAGUGUGGACAUCUCUGAGGGAUCCAGCGGAGCUACACGGUGAGAAGCAAAAACGGAGCCGAACCUGAGCCCAGAUCGCAUUCAGCAAAACCUGUGAGAUGCUCAGAAACCACCUGACAGGUGAUUUACAGCAUUUAGACAAACCAGUGUGUUAGGACGUGCCCAACUCAUCAUCAGUGGGUAGCCCAUGCACAUGCAUGACACCAUGGGUAGCUCCCCCGAGGUGCUAUCGUGGACUUCAUGCCCCAGUCUGCUGGUGGGCAAGCUAAAGGAGGAGCUCAAACUCACUGUGGUUGGGGACGCCAUGAAGAAAUCAAACUCGCCCAACUCCCAACCUCAGCCUCCUCAGGCCCCUCCGUCCAAUUUACCUCCUCAGAUUAUCACAGACCUGGCCCCGCCGACACACCUGCCUGUUCCCCUGCAGACACUGCAAACACCCGGCCAGGACGAGGACUCAGUGCUGGGGGGUAUAAGUCCCCCUAACACAGCCUUGAGUGUGGACUCGACACGGAGCGAGGGUGGGCACUUUGACAACAGCGUGCUCCAGCUGCAGGAGCACGACCACGAGGAAGCCGUAUCUCCGGCCUCCUGUGAGCACGUUGGGUGUGGCAGUGGCAUGGAGGAGCAGACAGGAGAAGGAGAGUGUCCCAUUCACCACAGUGAAGAAGGGAGGCAGAGCCACCCCCAUCACCCUGAUGACAUCAAACUGCACUUCCACAGAGCCGGGCCUGGGUCGGGUGGCUUCUUAGAGGGUCUUUUUGGCUGUCUUCGGCCUGUCUGGAACAUCAUAGGGAAGACAUACUCGACAGAAUACAAGCUACAACAGCAAGACAUGUGGGAGGUUCCAUUUGAAGAGAUUUCGGAGUUGCAGUGGCUCGGCAGCGGAGCACAGGGGGCCGUCUUCUUGGGCAAGUUCCGCUCUGAAGAGGUGGCCAUCAAGAAGGUGCGCGAGCAGAAGGAGACGGACAUUAAACACCUGCGAAAACUCAAGCAUCCAAAUAUCAUCAGCUUCAAGGGUGUGUGCACCCAGGCACCUUGUUACUGCAUCAUCAUGGAGUACUGUGCCCAGGGCCAGCUGUAUGAGGUGCUGAGGGCGGGGAGGAAAGUGACCCCCAGGAUGCUGGUGGACUGGGCCUCUGGCAUCGCCAGCGGUAUGAACUACCUACACCUGCACAAGAUCAUCCACAGAGAUCUCAAGUCUCCCAAUGUUCUGGUCACCCACAACGACACUGUGAAAAUCUCUGACUUUGGAACGUCCAAAGAGCUCAGUGACAAAAGUACAAAGAUGUCAUUUGCGGGUACGGUGGCCUGGAUGGCCCCAGAAGUGAUAAGAAACGAGCCUGUGUCUGAAAAAGUAGACAUCUGGUCAUUUGGAGUUGUCUUAUGGGAACUGCUGACUGGAGAGAUUCCCUACAAAGACGUGGACUCCUCUGCCAUCAUUUGGGGUGUUGGCAGCAACAGUCUUCACCUUCCUGUCCCCUCCACCUGCCCGGAUGGCUUCAAAAUCCUCAUGAAACAAACAUGGCAAGGCAAGCCCAGGAAUAGGCCUUCGUUUCGUCAGAUCCUCCUACACCUCGACAUUGCCUCAGCUGAUGUCCUAGGAGCUCCUCAGGAGACCUACUUCAAGUCUCAGUCAGAAUGGAGGGAGGAAGUGAAGAAACAUUUUGAGAAGAUCAAAAGCGAAGGCACCUGUAUCCACAGGCUGGAUGAAGAGCUGAUCCGACGCAGGCGGGAUGAACUCAGGCACGCUCUGGACAUCCGGGAGCACUAUGAGAGGAAACUGGAGAGAGCCAACAACCUCUACAUGGAGCUCAGUGCCAUCAUGCUACAGCUGGAGGUCCGAGAGAAGGAACUAAUGAAGAGAGAGCAGGCAGUGGAGAAGAAAUACCCCGGCACCUACAAGCGCCACCUGGUCCGACCCAUCGUCAGGUCCAACGCUGUAGAGAAGCUCAUCAAGAAGAAAGGAAGCAUUUCCCACAAACCUGGAAUGCCCCCCACUAAAAGGCCAGACUUGCUUCGUUCUGAUGGGAUCCCCAGCGUUGACUCUCUCCCCUCCCCCUCGCCACUAUCAGCCAGCCCGAAGGUCUCCACACCUCCUGGUAAAGCCCGCUACAGAAGCAAGCCUCGUCACCGCCGCGCCAACAGUAAAGGAAGCCACAGCGAGUUCCCCGGGCUGCUGAAGCCUAUCGCUGGGGCACUGGAAGAUACCCAGUGUCUUCAGGAGCAGCAUUUCCACCAUCACCACCACCACCCACCAACCAUGGGGCCCUUCCUCCCCUUGAAGGGCCGCGAAGAGGCCGUCGUUAACUGUGCCAACAACCUGCGCUACUUCGGCCCCGCCGCUGCCCUCCGUAGCCCUCAGACAGACCACCUGCAGCGCCGUGUGUCUGGCUCCAACCCUGACCUCAUAUCCACCGCCGUGGAUGCAGACACACGGCAGCGGACUUCAUCCAUCAGCUCCAAUCCUGUCCCCGGUGCUGGUGCUGGUUCUUUGUGUCCCUGCUGCCAGGCUCACCCCUUCCCUGGCUGCCUACACUGUCAGGAGACCCCCCCUCCAUCAAACCACCCAGAGUUGUCCCACUACUCACUGCUCAACACCCAAGAAGGUACACCCUCUUCUUUAGGGGCUCCCAGCAAAGAUCAAGCCUCAGACGGAGAGGCCACAAAAAAGGCCGAGCCACAGGAACAAGAGGCAUGCCAACACGCUCACGCCCUGCCCACUGCACUGCCCCGCACUCUCAGACCUCUCAGGAAGGGUGGCGAUGAGUCAUCUGAAGAGGAAGAGGGGGAGGUUGAUAGUGAAGUGGAGUUUCCAAGGAGACAGAGACCUCACCGCUGUAUGAGCAGCUUCCAGUCCUACUCCACCUUCAGCUCAGAGAACCUGUCGGUGUCUGAUGGAGAAGAGGGAAACACCAGCGACCACUCCCACAGCGGGCCCCUGGAGAGGCUGAGCGCCAGUCAGGAGGAGCACCUGGAUGAGCUGCUGUCGCACACACCAGACAUCCCCAUCGACAUCUCCACCCAGUCGGACGGCCUCUCUGACAAGGAGUGCGCCGUCCGCAGGGUGAAGACCCAGAUCUCCUUGGGAAAACUGUGCUCCGACGAACACAGCUACGAGAAUCCGCUACAGUUUGGGGACUCAGACUGCGAUACAUCAGAAGCAGAGUGCUCUGAUGCCACCAUUAGAAACAACAAAGUCGGGGCUCCUUCCACGUGGUGAAACCUCCCCCAGGGCUCGGUUCUGUUUUUGCCUGGAGGCCAUCGUGUCCCACUCUGCCCUGCAGAAAAUACAGCAAUAAGAGGACGACAUUGUAAACAAAGCUCCCUAUAGCAAAGCCCCAUGCAGUCUCUCCCAGAACCCCCUCCACCCUUACCCUUACCCUUCCCUUCACAAAACCCAAUCUUCCCUCAUCUCUAGCACAGCAUCCGGGCAACCCAUGGCAGGGAUUCCCUUUUGAAUGAUAAUGUACAGUAGAUAGUGUAACAUUCAUAAUUUAUUUUUGUCUGAGUUUUGAAGGAAAAAUUCAGGACUUCUGUAUGUUCUCUGAUCCAAACAGAGGAAGAAAAAAAAAAAACAUUUUGAAACUGAGCAUGGGCUUAACUGUGUGUUGGGGAGAGGCUGAGAUUGGAUGAAGAUGCAGAUGGUGAUGAUAAUGAUGAUGAUGAUGAGAAGGAGGAUGUGUUGGAGUGCUGAUGUACACCGAGGCUGACAACCAGCAGCGUGGAGUUGCAUCACUGCUAUUGUCGGUCUCUCAGGUGACUGACGCAGACUGGGAGCGUCGCUACAAGCCUUUUGAUCUGGCUACGGUUGCUUUUCAGCAUCUUACCGUUUUAGACGGAAGUCCCCGACCAUACAAGGACUCCCUCUUACUAAAAGUAAAAGCCCAACCUGCUUUAUCAUGAGUUUACAGUGCAGAGCCCCAGUUGCCCCACGCCUCCCUCCACAACCACCCGCCCUCUAUCUUGGUGAGUGGGGAACAGGGAGCUCAUGAAAACAGUGCGAACACCAGCAUGAACCACCUGCCUCGCAACCGGACCCCCCUCUCUCUCUCUCUCUCCCUCCCUCUCCCUAGAGCCACCACAUGUGUCUAGUCAUCAGGAUCCCCGCUGAACUGUCCUAGCAUGCCUGUGCAGCUCGCAGAAAACGCGAAAAGCUGCCGGAAGACUGCAUGAAGUGGACAAGCCAGCAGACCAACAGAGAUGAAGACUCGGCUGACGGCUAAGGAAAAGAAUAAAACAAAAACAAAAAAAAGAGACUCUUCCUCUGUGUCCCAGCUCAUCCUUUCCUCCAAGACACGCCAAUGUCAUUGUCAUCAUCAAUCAGAUGUCAUGACCAGAGUUGUUGAGGGAGUUAUCAGAGAGUGUGUGUGUGUGUGUGUGUGUGUGUGUGUGAACACAAAAAAGCCCUUUCCUCUCCAUUAGACAUUACAGUUUCAAGUCUCAUCUCAGGAUUGUUCGAGGACUGCGAGAAACUGGACUGGACCAAUUCUUGUAUGUAGGAGUCUUCUUUGAGCGGCACAUAUUACAGACCACACAGGAACAUUAAAGAAGGUCUUGCAGAUAGCCUUGAUGUUCAACCCAUUAUUGCUGUAACAGACAUUAAAGUUAUGUAGACAUGUAGAGCGUUUUUUUAGUUGCAAUCCAGGUGCAGUAUCCCAUUUCUUUAAAAUCACUAGGUGCAGCGUCUCCAAUGUACCAUUUUCUAGCAGGGUAAUUUAUACUGUCUAAUAAGCAAUGUCCAAGAAUGCUCAUUGUUCUUCUGUGCUGUAGUGAAUAAAACAGCAAUAAUGUACUGUAGGUCGACGCUCAGGUGAGAAAUGGGAGUUGCUUGCUCAGGAUCUGGGGCGUCUAGCUGGCUAGACACAAUAUUGUGACUGGUGGCUAGAGGAGAGCAGCAAGUGUCCAAGCGACUUAUUAUAGAUGCUAUAUUUUUAAAUUGUCCCAUUUUUUGUGAACUUGCCUUUCCAGAGAUUGAUGCUCAGGUUUUUAUGUUGCCGAUUGACAGCAGGAGCAAUAUAUCAACAGCCACUAGAUGGCGACAGUUACAAUGACUUACUUCUCCUCAUGUUAUGUAAAUGUCCUGGUUUGAUUCCUUCUUUUCAACACAUGGUAAUUUAUGUCUCCUAUGACCAUCCAAAUCCAAGAAUCCCAGCAAUAUUACUUCUUUUUUUUUGUGUCUUGUUGUCUUUUGAAAAUGGAUACUGCAUCUGUGAGAGCUUUAUUCCCCCACCGCCACCUGUAGAGUGUGUGUCGUCCACCUUUUAAUGACUUAACGGUUGAAAAUUAGCCAGCCAGGGUUGAAAUCUAAAGAUAAUGAUGUCAAGACGUCAGCUGAAGUGUACACAGACGGCUGAGUUUCUAAGUUAGGAAUAUAAGCCAGAGACCACAAAAGGCCACAGAGCAAAUUUAGCUGCUCUUGGUUUUUCAAACAACCUCAUCUCAGUGUUAGUUACUCCUGUAUAUAAACACCUGUAAAUGUAAUGUAACCCCGUUUUUUGUCCUCUCUCUUUUAACGUAUCGCACAGCUCUGACAGAGGGCGAGCUGCUGUCACUGACGAGCAGCCGACUGGUUGAAAAUGAGCAGAAUAUAUCUGUAUUACAUCAGUAUUGAUCACCGCAGGAGGAGGGUGUGAGUCAUAAGAACAGAGUAGCACAAGGUGAAUUUAAAACUGUACUGAUGGAUCAAUUAUCAUUUUGUGCUUGAAAAAGGCUUACACCUGGUACUGAAAGCAGCUGCUGCCUCUCCUCGACCUUUCUUCACUCUUGUUUACGUACGUGUGAAAUAACCUAGUGUAUUGUAACGACUGGGUAAUCCGAUCAAGCUGUUAAUAACAUUGUCUAUCUGGCAUAUAUCCUGUGAAGUAUGAUUGUUGUAAAGUUUUAAUUUAAUAUUGAUUUCUUUUUUUUGUUCUUUUUUUUUGUAGCUGGCCUACAUGAUUAUUGAAUUAAUUUAUUAUGAAUGACUGGUAAAGGUGUUUUGUUCUUUUUAAUUUCAGGCAGCUUUAGAAAUAAUGUCAUGACCUAUGAUUUCUCCUGGAAAGUAUUAUUUAAAGGAAGCACAAUGAAUUGGUAUGGGAAGAGGACAGUAUUUGUAUGAUAGAACAAAAAAGCAUUGUCAUAUCACGUUAAUCUGGGUAUCAUUUAUUUUUUUUUAAAUCUUUCGUGACCCUGCAGAGGGGGACCAUUCGUUAUUUAGAUCAGCAUUGUGGAUGAAGCAUUGAUUUAACAGACUUUUCAUCAGUAAUUAACAAACAAGUGUUUCCUAAAAAGCUUUUUUAUGUCUACAUAGGCUAUAGGGAAUCACUUGUAGUACAAACCAAAAGCCAGUCAGUAGACUGUCAAACCAGGGUAAAUGAGACUUUACGUCUGAAGGCUCGUGUGAUGCCGAUUUCUGUACUUCUGCAGAGAUCCCUUCCUCUCAUUUUUAAUCAAAAACACCAGUUACUUACAUUUGAAUUUCUGUGAAAUUGUCUAUAACUGUGGACAUCAUGUUGCCUCAUCCCACGUAUCAAACAUCUGUUUCUUUGUUACUCUCAUUUCCAACUCCCUUCCCUGUUGAAUGGCAUUAUGAUCAACCAAUCCUGUCAGUUUCCUGUAUUAUCCAGUGUACAGUGCAAUGGGUAUCUGGGAGAAUAAAAUCAGAGCAAACAACUGCAUGGAAUAAAUGCUGAUGUACU